GCAGCCAAUCACGUAUCCUUCAUUAAAUCAACACUAGUACUGGACCACCAGGCCAUCGCCGUUCUCCUGGACCAUGUCGACCUCAAAAGCAAAAUCAAAAGUUCAACCAUUGAGCGAUCAGGAAAUACAGCAGACUUACUCCCGUCUGCAGAAUGAGCUUCAAAGCCUUGCUGGGAAGAUAGGCGAGUUGGAGCAAGAGGCAGAAGAACAUGGACUCGUUCUUUCCACUUUGAAUGAAGCACUUCAAGUGGAACCAGGUCGGAAGUGUUUCCGCUUGAUCGGCGGUGUGUUAGUUGAGCGUACAGUCAAGGAUGUAGUUCCUGCCCUGCAAACAAAUCGCGAAGGCAUCAAAAAAGUUAUUGCCAACCUUACUGAGCAAUACACCACGAAGGAACGCGACUUCGAGACUUUUAAACACGAUUAUAACGUUCGUCCAAUCAGCAGGGCGUAAUGCCGUGUCGCCGGUAUUUGGAUUCUACCCAAUGACGCAGUCAGCAGCGAUGUGACCUCAUCAUUAGCAUGCACAGCAAAAUUGAAGACCCAGUUGCACAUCGUUCAAGCUGCCGGUUUGCACUGAGUUCUAAUUGUUGGGCUAGAAUUUUUGUUAUGUUGUGGUUCAUAACGCAUCUCGCAGAAUACAAGAACCAUGGCUGGCAGCAGCGUUGUCUCCGUAGUGCCUAUGUGCAUGGUUUGACACUGCGAAUUAAUAUUCGUCUUGUAAUUUAUAUCACAUCGUCUCUAUGAAUCAAAAUUGAAGAAUAUAACGUGCUGGCUUCUA